AUGCGCGAGUUCAUGAGCUACGUGCAGAGCGCGUUCUACGACGCCACCGGCUGGAACCGCGACAACUCAUACUCGUCGCUCAACGCAACUGCAGAUGCACUCCUCAACUUCCCGACACCGCAGGGCCUUCGCCUCACACUCUCCUCCCUCGCGACCCCUCACUUUGCGACAUCAUACCAGCUCGGCUCGGUAGGCGUGGUCGACGGGUCCAUCUCCUACCUCUACGCCUCCGUGCCCCUCCGCGCGCACCUCACCCCGCAAUCCGAUGCUAUACCGUUGCCGGCGUUGCUGCGCUCCUACCGCCCGCUCGCCGACCUCCCACAUCGAACCGUCACGAAGCCAUAUCCCCUCCUUAGCCCGGCCGCCGCCUCCCUGCUCUACGGCCGUCUGUACCUCCCCGAGUCUAUGCUUGAGGCCCUAGUUGUGAAGAGAAUAUCACCCGCGCUGCAGUUCCAGCUCAGCGCUGUCUCGGGAAAGUUUCUGCGCAACGGCGGCACGGUUCUGGGACUGGCUCAGUACGACGUCGGCAGGUACGUCAUUGAAGGUCUGGGCUCGUCCGACGGCGGUCUGCUUGGCUUCAGAGGCGCUUACAAUUUUGGUGGUGAUACGGACCACAUCCAAGCUUCCAGGCCAGGCAGGAAACCGAGCGGACACACCGACGAAGCCAAGGAACGCAUCUACGGACGCUUUAGCGCCGGCGGGGAGAUCUAUUAUGGCCUGCUGAACAAAUCUGGCGGCGUCAGUUUCGGAGGCCGUUUUGCGACGCUGCCGGAGCAUCGGGGUACUCCGCUGACGGCGACGAUGACGAUCAAUCCCCUGAUGGGCAACAUCAGCGCCAGCUAUGCGGUGGUGGCUGGCAAGCACUGCAGUCUCGCGACGAGGAUGGAUUUCAACGUAUACAGCUACGAGAGCGACUGGUCCGUGGGUAUGGAGCUGUGGCGCAAGAACCUGACCCGCAACCUCGAGCCUGCCCUCUCGGCCGAGAGCUUUGUCAAAAAGGACCGCAGUUUCCAGGCCAAGCUGGAGUGGAGGCUGGACGCGCCCGAGGCGCCAAAGCAGCCGACGCUUGUCGUCGAAGAAGAGCAGGGACGGAAGAAGAAGCCGAGCGAACGCAGCUUUCAGGCCAAGUUGGAGUGGAGAUUGGACGACAAUCGUGCGCUGGAUGGGACAAAGGAGGCGGCGGCGGCGGAUGCCGGCACGGUGGGAUCCAAGAGUGCGGACGAAUACGGCAGCGUCAUCAAGGCGCGGCUGGACCAGAACAUGAAGAUUGGGGUCUUGUGGGAGGGGAGGGUCAAGUCUCUCCUGUUCAGCCUCGGCAGCGCCAUCGACCUGCGCAAGCUCGACUCGCCGUUCCGCACGGUGGGUGUGGAAAUCCAAUUUUCAUCGUGA